GUUCAGCCACGUCUGUCUCUCAGACCAAAACGCAAGUAUCGUUCUUUGUUUUGUUUCUUCUUCAUCGUUGAUUUGUCAAACUCAACGACGCCAAACCCUAAAACAAUCAUCGAUUCAACAAUCAAAUUUCCCCGAUUGAAGGAUAAAAAUCAAACCUUUAGCAGUUUUCUCUGUUGAUUCCUGUGAUAAAAUCUUUCCUUUUUGCAUCAAUUGCGUUUGGUUGAUGAAGAGGAUCUGAAGAAGCUGAGAUUUAGGAAUGAUGGGUUUUGCUGUAUCGGAUGAAUUGUUGGGUACUGUUGCUCCAAUUGUGGUGUAUUGGUUGUAUUCUGGGAUUUAUGUAGCGCUCUCGUCUUUGGAGAGUUAUAGAUUACAUUCAAAGGUUGAAGAAGAAGAGAAGAAUCUUGUAUCGAAAGCUUCUGUUGUGAAAGGUGUUCUUGUUCAACAGGUUGUUCAAGCUGUUGUCGCUAUCCUUUUGUUCACGGUGACAGGAAGUGAUGCCGAAGCAGACAAAGCGCAACAGUUUUCCCUAUUGGUCCUGGCAAGACAGUUUGUGACUGCCAUGAUAAUCCUAGACACAUGGCAAUACUUUAUGCAUCGAUAUAUGCAUCACAAUAAGUUCUUAUACAAACAUAUCCACUCUCAACACCACCGUCUUAUCGUCCCUUAUGCAUAUGGAGCGUUAUACAACCACCCAGUGGAAGGUCUUCUCUUGGAUACUGUUGGAGGCGCCUUAUCUUUCCUAGUCUCUGGUAUGUCUCCAAGAACUUCCAUCUUCUUCUUCUCUUUCGCCACAAUCAAAACCGUGGAUGACCAUUGCGGUCUCUGGCUUCCUGGAAACUUAUUCCAUAUGGUCUUCAAGAACAACUCAGCUUACCACGAUAUCCAUCAUCAGCGCUAUGGAACCAAAUACAAUUUCUCUCAGCCUUUCUUUGUUAUGUGGGAUCGGAUUCUGGGAACUUACAUGCCUUAUUCGCUUGAGAAAAGAGAGGAUGGAGGAUUCGAAGCACGCCCGACUAAAGAAUUCAAAGACGAUUAAAGAUUUUGGAAUUUGGAUAUAUGUUAUGUAUCUGCCCUGGCCCCUGUGGUUGGAUAAUGGAUGGUACUUUGUGUUAUUGGAGGUGUAGUUUUAAAUCAGAAACAGAACUGGUUUGCGUUUUGCGUUUCUUCGCAAGAGCGAAUCUGGAGUUUGAGAUUUGUAUAUAAACAUUAUUGAGUUGUUGUUCUACUUUCGGUUUUUUUGUUUUGCGUGUAACAUUACUACAACAAACUUGUUUUUUUUUUUU